AUGGUGGCAUUCUCGACCAUAGCACUUUACAACGUCAUCGAACUCAACGCCAUUAUCUUUGCAACCUUCAAACGGCGACGGGGUCUAUACUUCUGGAGCUUCAUCGCGGCGACUUGGGGUAUUGCGCCGCACACAGUCGGAUUUAUUCUCAAAUUCUUUGAUGUCACCUCCGUUUGGUGGGCCCCUCUCGUUCUCAUUUCCAUCGGUUGGGUCGCUAUGGUGACGGGCCAGUCAUUGGUCUUGUACUCCCGUCUCCACCUGGUAGCUCGGAGCGAGAGCAGGAUUCGCGGGGUUCGCAACAUGAUCAUAUUCAACGCCAUUGUUCUUCAAAUUCCCGACAUGAUCCUGGCGUUCCUUACAAACCGUCCAAAUGCACCCAUUUCGGUCGUCAACGCUUUCUCGAUAUUCGACAAGAUUCAGGUUGGGAUGUUCUUCGUCCAAGAGUCUAUCAUCUCGGGCCUUUAUAUCUACGAAACCGUGCGAUUGCUAGGCCCAAUUGGAGGGCGCAACCGGAAUCCACUUCGCAAGCUUCUUUCCCAUCUCAUCUUGGUCAAUAUUUUGGUUCUGAUCCUCGAUGCUACACUCCUCGGCACUGAGUACUCUGGUCAUUUUGAGAUCCAGACGACGUACAAACCUGCCAUAUACAGUAUCAAGCUGAAGAUCGAAUUCUCAGUAUUGAAUCGCUUGAUUGAUUUCGUCAAG